GAAUAAUUUUGUGUGAAUGCUUUUGUUUCAUAAGAGAAACAAUGCUAGCGAUUGGCAGUAUGAGUAUAUUAUUGUAUGUAAUUAUUAUAUUUAUUUCCAUAGUGUUAUUAUAUACUGCAUGCGUUAUCUUAAUCCAUCCCAGAAAAUUAGUAAAUGAUCUAAACAAACUUCCUGGUCUUGGUCUUGGAUUUUUUUAUCCUAUUGGUCACGCAAUUCUCAUAAAGCCACAAAGAUUCCAGAAAGUAAUUGCUUCACCUCAUGUUUACGAUUUCUUGGCCCUUCAAGGAUAUAACACAUUAUUUUAUAAAGACGGAAUACAUCAUGCAUGGAAUUUUACAAUACCUUUUAUAAGUGUAUAUCGAGCUGAUACUGUUGAGGUAGUUUUGCAUCAAAACAACGAAUUAAAAAAGAGCUUUCUUUACAAUUUUCUACAUCCUUGGUUAGGUAUGGGUCUAUUAACAAGCUAUGACGAAAAGUGGAGACACAGGAGGAAGCUGCUGACACCAGCAUUCCAUUUCAAUAUUUUGAAAGAUUUCCAACAUGUUUUUAGCAAACAAUCAAAAAUAUUAGUAGAUAUUCUAGACAAACAAUCCAAAGUGAAUCAUGUGGACAUUCUUCCUAUUAUUACACGAUGUAGCUUAGAUAUUAUAUGUGAGUCAAUAAUGGGAGCAGAAAUGCACACACAAACGAAACCAACGAGUCCCUAUGUGAAAGGAGUCCUAGAAUUGACUUAUUUAGUUUUUCAAAGAUUUUUUAGACCUUGGUUAUGGAUAGAAAACAUUUAUCCAUAUUUUCCAGCAGGGAGAAAGUUUCUUAACACAAGUGCCAUUGUACAUGAAUUUACUGAUAAAUUGAUUUCUGAAAGAAAGCAGGCAAAGCUGGAAAGAAGAAUGUCUUCUGUCGAUUCACAAGUUAGCAAUGACAGUAGUUACAAGAGAAAGAAAAGAGCUUUGUUGGAUCUCCUACUGGAUGAACAUAUUCAAAACAAUUCCAUUUCAGAAACAGAAAUAAGAGAGGAAGUGGAUACUUUCACAUUUGAGGGUCACGAUACUACUUCCAUAGCUAUGAGUUGGACUCUCUAUUUAAUAGGACUGCAUCCAUGGGUUCAGGAUAAAGUUCACGAUGAAUUGGAUUCUAUAUUUGGUGAGAGUGAUCGUGAAGUAGAUGUUGAUGAUAUUAAAAAUAUGAAAUACUUGGAAUGUGUGGUGAAAGAAUCGAUGAGACUCUAUCCUUCAGUUGCAGUUUUUGGACGAGAAAUAAGGGAAGAUCUUCAGUGUCGAGAACAUGUGAUACCCAAAGGAAGUAUGUGUCACGUAAAUGUUUAUUUUCUUCAUAGAGAUCCUGAAGUCUUUCCGAAUCCUGAAAAAUUUGAUCCCGAUCGAUUUUCUCCAGAAAAUAGUGCGGGAAGACAUCCUUUUGCAUAUGUACCUUUCUCUGCUGGACCUCGAAAUUGCAUAGGACAAAGAUUUGCCUUAAUGGAAGUCAAGACUGUGGUUUCAUCCAUCCUUAGAAAGUUCAAAGUAAAGUCUUUGGAUCCAAGAGACAAAAUCAAUUUAUUAAAUGAAAUAGUUAUGAGACCUGAAGGAGAAAUACGGAUACAAAUUCGAAGGAGGACGGAUGAUUUUGAUUUUAAAACUGUUUAUUAUUAUCCAUGAACGUUGAUAUUAUUAUAUAUUUUAACAUUCUCAUGCUUUAAAUUGCACUCUCAAUGCUUUAAAUUCAUUUUUAAAUUAUUAAGAAAUAUUUUCAUAAAGUGUUCUAGUUGGUACUUAUUGUAAAUUUUGAAUACAAAUUAACUUGUUUGUGUUUGUACGAGAACGUAGUGAUCGAAGAAAAUCGCUCUCUAACUUACAUAGUGUUACAAACGGAGUAUAUAUGGUUACAUAAUCAUGCAAACGAACGUCAUAAUCGGCGUUGAACAAACAGCUUCUAGAAAAGAAAAGGCUUUCCCAUGGGUUACCAUAAACUAUAAAUCCUAUCCCUCACUAGUCGGAAAGUUGUCACACCAAUGCACAGUUUAUAUUUAUUUCUUCGGACAACUAAAGCGACCCGUGGGAAGGCCUUCUCUUUUUUAGAAGGUGUUGGUUAAACUUGUAACUGAGUAUGUUCUAAAAUUCAUUAUUACUGAUGCCCAUUGAUUAGAAAAAAAUUAUUAAUUCAUAGGUAAACUCUAUAACUUAGGUGAGGCUUGGUGCUAUGAUCCGUCUACUAUGAGGAUAUACACUAUCUAGCCAUUAAUGACCGGACACUGAAGUUCGGCGGUGGAGGAAUUAUGGUGCGGUCCUGUUUCUCAUGGUUUGGCCUUGGACCCUUGGUGUUAGUGCGUCGAACCCUGAACGCAGAAGGGUAUAGAGACAUCCUGGACAAUUCGGUGCUUCCCACCCUGUGGCAACAGUUCGGUAAUGGCCCGUUUGUGUUUCAACACGAUAACGCUGCCAUUCAUAAAGCACAUGCCAUCACGGACUGGUUUGAUGAAAUGGGGGUGCAAGAGCUUGACUGGCCAUCCCAAAGUCCUGACAUCAAUCCAAUUGAGCAUCUCUGGGAUGAGUUGGAGGCCGGUUGAGGGCCAGACCACAACGCCCCAAAACCACCACUCAACUCUUCGCCAUGUUCCAGGAGAAAUGGCGGGCAAUACCUGCCGCCGUGUACCAACACCUAGUGGAUAGCCUUCCUAGAAGGGUUAAAGCUGUGAUUCGGGCGCGUGGCGGCCCUACGCCCUACUGAUUUGAUACCAGCACCUUAUGUAUCCGAAAUUAGGGUUGUCCGGUCAUUAAUGGCCAGAUAGUGUAUUUAAGUCAGCACUGUGGUCGGUGCAAGUUGGAUGGAUGAUUCGCAUCGAACAGCCGACACGGGCAUUCUGACCUAGUUCACUUCAUCGAAAGGCGAACACUCUAUCCCUUGAGUCACCAUGACUGAUGCAUUGAGCAUUGGGGCAAACUAGCUUUCGUGGAAGACUUUUUGAUAGAACUAACCCACAUCUGCAUUAUAUGGAGAGAAAAACCUCCCAUAGUUAGUCCGAUACAGGAGGAUUCCAACACAAUAUCCGCUUGUUACUGAGGAUAUUUAAUGUCAACACUGUGGUUUGUGUGAACCGGAAAUAAAAUUCACAUCAGAAAGACAACUCAUUGGGAGAUGCAUGUCCAAUCCCCUGAGCCUCAGAAGCUCUGUAUAAAAUAUAUUUUAUUUUUUAACCAUAGCUGUGCAGUCGAACUAAAUUUAAGUUUACAACUACCAAUGUUCAACUCCGUAAUCUUACUAUUAAGGAAUAAAAAUAUAAUUUUAUUAUUUGAGUCGUUGACAAAGCAUCUUUAAUGAGUAAAGAAUAUGAAAACAAUAAUACUUUUGUCGAAAUUAAUAAUUCUAAAAAAGAAAUCAAAUUUUGGCUUUUUCCAAGAAAAUAGGUUUAAAAGUCAAUAGAAUUUAUUAUCCUUAUUUAUUUCCAACUAUUAAGUUGCACAAAAACCGCUUAAAUGUAGAUUUGUUACUUGCAGUACUGGUUGUUAUAAUUCUGGUUUUGGAAAAUG